ACGAAGGAAAGCCCAAUGCGUUCAAGCCCGUUCAUUUAUAGUUUCUUUCAGGAAGCGCAACGGCCCGCAAAAUUCAAAAUCGAGUUUCGUCUUCUUCUUCGUCGAUUGGGCAUCGGUUCUUGCUUUGGAAGCUUUGUGAAAAUGUCGAUGGGAAGCGACGCAACGUGGGUGGGGAAGAAGCCGAUCAGGCGCAUUGGCGGAAUGUCUGAUGCUCUUUCCAUCGCCUCCGAUCUCGGUUUCUCCGUCGCUCCGCCACCGUCUCAGGAAGAACUACAAAACUUAACAUCUUCAACUGGUGAGAAAGGCGAUGAUUUAAUAAGGGUCUUGCGUGAGUUGUCUGCUGUCCAAAGAAAAAUUGCAGACUUGCAGGUCGAGCUUCAAGGGCGAAAGGAUGAUAAAAAUGUGGCACAUUUGACACAUGUGAGUGAAAUGCAAAAGAAAAUCGAGACUCUGGAAAGGAUCACUCAAAUAUUGAAGGAUGUCAUACAGAACAAGGAUCGUAUCAUUGCUCGUCUCCAACAGCCUUAUUCACUAGAUUGCAUUCCUGUUGAAGCAGAAUACCAAAAACAAUUUUCCGAGUUGCUAAUGAAGGCUGCUAGUGACUAUGGUGCCCUAUCAGCGUCAGUAUCGGAUUUCCAGUGGAGUCAAAACUUUAAGGAGCCUCCUUCCGUCUGGGGUGAAAUGCUGCGUCCAAUCCCAGUUGCGUUAGCAUCAUGCACACGAUUCUUUGAGGCAAUGUCGGCAAUGAGAGAAUCAUUUGCAACCCUUCAGAACCUCCGAGCUGGUAAUUCUUCGGCUUCCUCUUUACCCACGACACCUGGUAACGACCGGACACCUACCCAUUCAGACUGUGUGACUCCACCCCAUUGGAGAAAAGACUCCAGCUCCGAUGACUUAGCCCUGUCGGGACAAGCAAACGAUGAGAACGGAGCAGAAGACCGAUAACCACGAGGGCGGAUGCCAAUUUGAGCAGGUAAAGUCACCUUUCAUCUCUCUUAACUAUAACUUGUUACCAUCAAUGUGGUUUGUUUUUAGCUAUCGGCUUGAGAAUGGGUUUGGGGAAAUGAACUUGGAAUUCUUCGGACACGAUCUCGUGUAUAUAACGUAAGAGUUUAUGUUUAGUGUUAGUAUUCAUGUGAUGUUUUAGCGAAGUAGAAAUUGAUGGGGUAUGGGCUUCUCGGCAGCAGAAAUUUUAUAUCAAGGUGGCAUUAUUAUUAUUAUUA